UUUUGUAUCAUAUAGAAUUUCACCACCCUUUUUUUUAUUACCCCACGGCGUAUUUCCCUAACCGAAAAGGGACAGAAUGGACGACCUCACGCCAUUGCCUACGACGUUUGAUCCGGAUAACGAUGAUUUUGAUGUGGAGGAUCGCAGAGGUUUAGGGCAUGGAGGUGGAGAGGUGGAUGAGGAUGGGGAGGGUGAUCUUUUGAUUGUGCAUGGAGAGGAAGAGGAGGAGGAGCAGGAGGAGGGGAAUGAAGGGGAAGGGGAAGGGGAGGGAGAGGACCAGACGAACUUGAUGGAAUAUAUUGCGUCGUUGCAACAGAUUGGCGAGCACGAUAAUGACGGUAACCAGGAUCAAGAUCAAGAUCAAGAUCACGAUACGGAGACCGGCGAUAAUACCCAUGAGCACGGGCACGACGCGGAAGUCGAACUUGGCCAAGAGAUGGAGGAGGAGUCGACAGGACAGGUGGUGGAUACAGAGCUUGGUGAAGCGGAUCGAAAUCGUGAUUCGCCUCCAGAUCCGAAUCCGGAUCCGAAUCCGGAUCCCAUCACAGUACCGAGCUACGCCCGACUCCAAAGUGAACAGCAAGGACAAGAGUCAAAUGUGAUUAGCGGCCCGAUGGAGGUGGAGAUGGAAGAGGAAGAGCUGGGAGAGAGCAUCGAAGUUGAUCCAGGGCAAGAACCCGGAGAGCUUCAUGAACCCGAACCCGAACCCGAACCCGAACCUGAAAUCCAACGUGAAGCAUCGUCCCCCCUUUCAGACCUCCCGGAUUUACCUGACGAACUCGAAUUCUCCCCUCCCCCUUCUCCCGGACCUUUUGCGCCGAGUCGGAAUGGUCAACGCCAUCGCCAACCAAGUAGUAACAGCAAUAAUUCGAACAUGGGCACGGGCAUGGAUAUGGAGGUUGAUCGAGAUUCCUCGCUCACACCGCUAUACGACGAUUAUGACCACGAGGGAGGAGGAAAGGAUGGUGUUGGUUUACCACGUCCACGUUUCCGCGCGGAAUCCUCAGCUGCGGGCGCGAGACGAUCCGCCUCCAUGUCACAUGCGAAUGCGACUAAACGGGGUCGAAAUACUACCCGAAACAGGGAUAGCAGGGGCAGGGAAAAGCAAGGAAGAAGAAGCAGUUUAUCAUUUUCAUCUUCCCCGCCGCUGGAAAGUAUCGAGGUCGCGCCUGAUAUCGCGCCGGGUACGGCGGGUACGCUCGGGGCUGGGCGGAAGAAGAGGCAGAGAGAACGGGCAAGCAAGGGAAAAUUACCUUUACGCCAUGGGCAUGAGCGUGGAGAUGGGCUUUCUGACGGGGAAGGGGAUAAUGAAUUUGAGCUUGUUCCAAAGUCUGCCAAACGGUCAAAAUCCGCCCAUCCGUUCCCCGCAUCCCACGCGGCUUCUCACGCCGCCUCCGCCUCCCAUCCGCCACACCACCCUUCCCGCAAACCCCUCGACCCAAUCUCCACCGGCCUCAAACUCCCCGGGCCCCGUGCCCUCCCGCCCUCCCGCCCCCGCGCGCUCAACGAUCAAUCCAUCAAAAAGUUUUUGGUGGGCAAAACGGAAGAAGUGCAGUUGGGCAUCUGUCUGAGGGAGAGGUAUAAGAAGUGGGGAAAGUGUACGCAGUGUGUGAGUAAGCUAGGGGGAGAUUGUUGUAGGUUUAGAGAUUAUAGGGUUUUUCCGAUCAAUCCCAAAACAACAGAAAUCACAGGCCCAGGGUAUUUUAAAUCUACCACCUGGCCCGAACCGCUUACCCCACUCCCAACAAAGUUUACGUCCCCGCUCGAUGGGGACAAGGUGGAGGAGAUACAGAGGACGGUGGCGGGGGUGUUGUUGCCGCUGAUAACGGGCGAAGCGAGGCAUUGUUUUUGGCCGUUUCAUCUGCAGGGGCGGGGUAAACGAGAUGGAGAGGGGGAAGAAGUUUCCGAUCCCGCCCAUUCGACACACAGGGCGAGGAAUCCCAUCACCCUCCACCGCGGUGUCGACACCGCCCUCCAUCGCUCCGUCUGCGAUUUCUGCUCCUCCACGAUUUUUGGCGGGUACUAUUUCUGUAAGAAGUGUGGGAGGGAUUACUGUUUGCAGUGCGAGCGGUAUUUCCCGGAGAGUAUGGAGGCCGUAGGGGAGAGUCCGUGGGAGCUGACGGAUGCGGCGAGGCCGAGGUUGUUAAAGUGUAUAAAGCAGCCGUGGGAAGAGAUGAUGAGCGGAGGCGGAGGAGAAAUGGGAGGUGAUUCGACUGGGAACGGCAAUGGCAACGGCAGCACGAGAACGAACACCACCAACGCAAACACCGACGGGGGCAGCAACACGAACAAAAAUGGAAGGAAAAGAGAAAAGGCGAUUGCUUGGCAUGUGCGGAGUGAUUUGCAGCCCGUUUCGAGAUUUACGAAAGAGGAAAUUGAGGGACAUUGGCUGAGUCUUGCGGAAUUUGUCAUUGGGCAUGGGUAUGGUCCGGACGCUAGUUCUGGCUCUGGCUCUGGGUUUGACUUUCUCUUUGGUGCUGAUGAUGGGGAUGAACCCGAAGGAGAGAAGAAAAAGGAGGAAUGGAGGCUCCAGUGGGAACGGAUGUUAAGAUUGAUGGGAUUGCAAAUGGAUGAAGAGGUGAAGAGCGUUUUGGAACAAUGGAGCAAGAAUGCUCGUGUUGUCAGGGAGAAGGAAAGUGGGUCUGUGACGCACUUGGGUCCCGGCGCCAACGUCGAAUCUAAUCUCGAUACCGAUACGAAUUCUCACCCCGUCAAUCAGCCCGAAAGCAGUUCGAAUAACCCCAUCGACUCCCAAGCUCCCAUCGAUAAAACUUCAACAUCCGUUCGCCGAUCAGCCGCCAUGACCACAAAGAACGAGAACGACAACAAGUUGGAACCUGAAAUGGACGAGGUUGAAGAGUUGGAGACGGGGGAACCGAAGAGUGCGAGCGAAAUGUUGAAGGGUAUGAUGGAUAAGGAGAAUGGAGAGGAGACAUCGGCGGCUCACACAGGUCCUGCGGCCUCUCUCAAUUCUGUCGCUUCUGCUCCUGCGGCCGUACGGUCAUCGACGCAAGUCACCAAAGUCGAAAUCCCCGUCGCCGCAAAUGCUUCUCCCACCGUCUCUUCUAGCAGCUCUCCUCAAGCCAAUCCUCCUUUCGAGAAAUCUGGCCUACCAUCUGCAUCCCCACUAAGAUCCGUUCCCACCUCCGGCAACUUUAGGACCGGUUCGAAUCCCAUGCCAGAUCAGCAGCAAGACCUUGAGAAGAUUGCAUUCAGCUACACCAAACAUACCCACCCCAAUCCACCUUCCGACCCGGCCAGUCUUUCGGACUAUUCUCUACCGUUCAUCUACCUCCCUUCACCAGAAGGUUUGGAUAACAAGGCGUUCGAUGAGCUGUGGAGUAAAGGGGAGCCGAUCGUUGUAGGUGGUGUGAAUGUCUAUGUUGGUGGUGGUGGUGGUAGACGACGACGAGAAGAAGGGGAGAAGAUGGGGAAGGAAGGGGAGGAAUGGGGACCCGAGAAGUUUAUAGAAAGGUUCGGGGAAGAACAGUGUUCGGUGGUGGAUUGUCAGAGUGACACGCCGUUGGUUUCCACUGUUGGGGCCUUCUUCGCUGCAUUUGGGGAAAGUGUAGGCAAGCCAUGGGAGAGGGAAGGGGAGGAUGGAAAGAGGAAGGAAAAGAAACGGCAGGGGAUUUUGAAACUGAAGGACUGGCCUCCAGGUGAUGAGUUUGUGGAUACACACCCAGAGUUGUAUCAUGACUUUUGUGCGGCUUUGCCUGUACCGGACUAUACAAGGAGAGAUGGAGUGUUGAACCUAUAUUCACAUUUCCCUCCGGGUCCGACGAGGCCUGAUAUCGGACCAAAGAUGUAUGCUGCCUUUGCUGCACUUGAGACGCCCGGCGGAUUUGGCUCAACGAGAUUACAUAUGGACGUCGCGGAUGCUAUUAACAUCAUGCUACAUGCUUCCCCCAUUCCUGACGACUCGUCCUCAUUAGAAGCUCCCAUAUCCUCUGCAACUUGUUCGACAUCACCUUCUUCCUCGCCAGAAAUCACUUUAGGAACCGACUCAAAGAUACCAUCUAGACCUGGCUGCGCUGUAUGGGACAUCUACCCUGCGCAAGAUGCCGACAAGAUCAGAGAGUUUCUCAAAGAAAAAUUUGACAAGACUCAUAACUUUGUGGACCCCAUUCACUCGCAAAUGUUUUAUCUCGAUGCGAAAUCGAGAAAAGAGCUGUGGGAACGUAAAAGAGUUGUCAGCUGGAGAGUCUAUCAAUAUCCUGGCCAAGCAGUUUUUAUUCCUGCAGGAUGUGCGCAUCAAGUUUGUAAUCUUUCCGAUUGUAUUAAGAUGGCUCUCGACUUUGUUAGCCCUCACAAUGUUCCAAGGUGUCAGCAACUUACCAAGGAUUUCCGCAGAGAGAAUUAUUUGAAAGCAUGGAAAGAGGAUGUACUGCAAUUGUAUAACGUCCUCUGGUACGCUUGGCUCUCAGCCCGUGAAACUAUCGCCCGGAGAGAAAAGGAAGUGGCCGCUGCAGAAGCUCGACAGAAGCAGCUUCAAUCUUUCCAAUUGGACGACAGUAACUCUCCACUAUUCCAAUCGAAGCAUCCUACAUCUUCCCCCCUCUGCUCCGCUACGCCUACUAUCACAUCGACUCUUGAUCUAGAUGCUUCGUCAAGAAUGGGGUACGACCGUUUGAACAUGGGUAUAGGACUUGGCGAGCGAGGUAUGGGUAUGGGCCUGGGAAGGGUUGGUAUGGGCAGUUGGGGAAACGUUAGUUCAGUGAGGGACGAGCCGCCGAGAGGUGGACCUUUGCUGUUAAUGUUGAAUGAUGAAUCUGAGAAGGUCUCAAGAGGUCAACUUACGGAAGGUGAGAAGUCAAGUGAACCUGUUAGGGGAAAGGGGGAGGAUCACGAGAAGUCAGACCAAGGCAAACAAUUGUCCAGCGAUCCGGUCUCAUUUGCCAGUUCUCUCUCCAACUCUUAUUCACUCCAACUCGCCAAGUCUCUCUUCACUCUCUCCCUCCAACGCGACGAAACCAAUCCUUCGGAAUUAUUUGUGCCUUCUGCCGCCGCCAUGAACCACCGACCCCGUGGUCCGUCCUUACCCGAUUCACACUCUUCCAUUGCCCAUCCGCGAACUUCAUCUCGUGCGCCCUCAACGCAUACCAUGGACAAUCGAUCCUCGCAAACCUCCGCAUCCGUCCGCACAAAGGAUAUCAAGGAGAAAGAGAAUAAAUUUACGCCUCCAAAGAAGCUCAAGAACCCCGCCCGUCCGCUUCGUACGUCAACGCUUAUCAAGCUUGGAGCAAAACGAAUGGAUGAGAUCCUUGAACUUGCAAGAGGGGAUCUGGGAGAGGGUGAGAGUUUGAGCAAUGCACUUGGAGGCCUUGGGAACUUUGCGGAACUUGGUACUAUGGAGUCACAUGGUGGGAUGCAAGGUUGGGCAGGGUUGAGGGCAAUGUCGGAGAGCGUGAGAAGUCGAGAAGAUGGGGAUAGAGAAGGAAGUCCAUUGGUAUCCAUCAACGAUGUCCACAAUUCCAACUCUAGCCCCAACGCCGAGACCGAUACCUCCACGCCACCUGACGAUGCCAUCGACCGUACGGACGCUGAAGCCGCUGCUGAUAUCGCCGCCGAGAUACUCUCCAUGGAUAUUGACCAUCAAGAAGACGAGACAAACAUUGAAGAUGAUGGGGAUCUUGAAGGCUUGAGGCGGAUUGUCGAGCGAGGAAUAUUGGAGCAGGAACAAGGGCAAGAGCAAGGGCAGGAGCAAGAACGGGAACAAGAGCGGGAGCAGGAGGAUGACGAGAGGGAUAACGAGCUUGGUGAGGAAGGGAGGGAGGCGAUAGCGUCUAUUCAGAGGCUACAGGCCGUAGAGGAGGCAGAGGAGGAAGAGAGGGAAAGAGAGAAUCUUGCGAAGGAGGAAGAACGUGAAAGGGAGAUGGGAAGACCCGAGGGCGUUGUUAUCAAUGAUGAUAAAGAGGAAGGCGAAGGGGAAGAGGAGGAAGAUGAACAGGCAGAUAGAGAAAAAGCGAGACAACGGGAAGAGGAAGAAGAAGAAGAGAUUGAAGGUGUAGAUGAAGAUGCCGAAGGCGAGGAAUUUGAAGAGGUUUCAAAGAUGAGUGUAGAUUUUGGCAUGUUUAUAUAGUUGGGCAUAAUUAACUGCUGUAGUAUAAUCUGUGUAUAUAUAACGCUCUUCAUCUUG